AUGAAUAUAACUAUUCGAGAAAUUCAAAUCAAAGUAGCACAACAUAUGAUACAGCCAAAUAUGGAAAUCGAACAUUCAACAGUACGAAAUAUAGUGAUGCAAAUGAAUAUGGGCGAAGAGAAAACGUCAGUUAUUUUACCAAUGUUAGCUGUUAAUUUAUCUUCAUCUAGUUCGAGUUUAGUUCGUAUUGUAGAUUUACUUAAUCGACGUAUUUUUCCAUUUGUAUGUCGUCGUGAUAUGAAUUUCAAUACUGUACAAAUAAAUCAAAUUUUUAAACGUGUCGAACAAGGAUUAUUGAACUGUGAUAUUAUAUUGACUUCAUCAGAAGAUAUUCUCUCAUUUGAUUUACUCGCUAUUGAUAAAUGUCGAAGAAAUGAAUUUGAUAUUGUUCAUUCUAUGUUAGCAGUUCAACGAUGCUUAAAAAAAUAUGUUCAUGAUGUAUUAGAUGAAAUUUUACAUGUUAAAUAUCAAUUGAUUUAUACUGUUGGUGGUCAACAACAAGUUGAUGGAGGUGCAGAACGUUGGAAAACUAUUCAAACAAUUCUUGAAUUCGUUAAAAAACAUGCUGCCGAUAUUUCAAAAUGUUUCUAUGAAAAUGUUUAUUAUAAACCAUCUGAACGAAAAAGUACAUUUCCACAAUUGCGUUUACAAUCAUAUGAACCAUUUCCAUUACUUUGUCAAAACAUUGCAAAUGAUUAG